UGGUUUUAUUUCAGAAUGAAUCAUGAUGUAACUCAGAAAAUGGCGAAAUCAAUGUUCAUCAGACCCAUCUUCUAUCUUCUCCUAGCCCUGGUAGAGCUCAAUAUGGCACAACAAAAUCCGUUUUACGGGGAUCAAACCCCUCCCCCAUACAACGACCAGAACCCCGAUUACCGUAGACGUAACGACCAAAACAACAGCUACGACCGAUACAACUACGACUCAAACAACCGUUACGAUCCAAACAACAGAUACGAUCAGAAUAAUAGAUCAAACCAGGACCCAAACAGUAGAUACGACUCCAACAACCGCUAUAAUACUGACCCCAACAAUAGAUACGAUCAAAACAACAGGUACAACGAUCCCUACAACCGAAACAACGACUCGAAUUAUCGCAACAACGACCAAUAUUACAGAUAUAACGAGUCGAACAGGUACAAUGAUCCCCAGAUCAGGUACAAUCAAUCCGGCAAUAGGUACAAUGAUCCCUACAAUAGGUACAACGAGUCGGGAAAUAGAUACAAUGAUCCCUACAACAGGUACAAUGAGUCGGGAAAUAGAUACAAUGAUCCCUACAACAGGAACAACGAGUCGGGAAGCAGAUAUAACGACCCUUACAACAGAAAUAACGACCCGAAUGGCAGAUACAAUCAGGACCAAUACAACAGAUACAAUACGACCAACAACUACAACCUUGGAUCCGACCUGAACCCAAACUAUAGGAAUAACGAGAGAUACAAUAACCAAGACCCUUACGGUCCCUACAACCGAUACAACGUGUCUGGUGGGGGGAAUUACAAUCAAGAUGGCAACAGAUACAACAAUCAAUAUGACAGGAAUGAUCCAAAUAACAGAUAUAACCAACAGAACCAGUAUAACCAGCAGAAUAGGAACAAUAACCCCUUCAACCAAGGCAGGCCAGAUUAUGGGCAGAACAAUGAUGUACAAGGGAGACCCUACGAGUCUACUUCUGGUCAGCAAUUUGGGUACCAAGCGGACCCCAAUGAUAAUUGUUGCGAGGAGUAUUGUUAUAGGACAGAUGAGAAUCCUUCCUUGCAUUUUGGUACCAAAACAGCCUAUCAAAUUGUGUUUGGAAGGAAACCGAAUCAAGAUGUUCCAGAAUGUACUCCAGUGUUGAUGUGGAGUAUCAACAGGCAAGGCACUAGUACCCCAACCCAACAAGAAAUCAGGAGGCUCAGAAGUUUGGAAAAUAUAAGGAUAGAAAUUUUGAAAAAUUACGACGAGAGAAGAUCAUUUCCAUACAAAGGAAAACUGUGCAACCAGGACCUAGAUCUUCUUCGAAGAUGGAGAUGGAAUGAUACUCUCAGUGAAAAUCGUGAAAAAGUUUUGACAAGUCAGGGUAUCGAAGAUGCAAAAUUUUUGGCAAGGAGAUAUAAGAGCAAGUAUCCAAGCCUGCUGAAUCAAGUAUAUAGAGACAACUAUUACAACUUCCAAUAUGACAUGAAUAAUUAUAAGACCCAUGACACUUAUCAAGCCUAUAUUGAGGGUUUGUUCGAUUAUGGUAAAUCCUUCAAUGUACGAGCAAACACAGAGCUUAGCGAAAGGACUUUGCCCCCAAGCCAAUGCAAAACUGUAAUGAGAGAAGUAGAACAGAACAGUUACACAUUCAGCGAAUACGAAAGGUUCAAACAGAGACCGGACUAUCUUCAGAUGGUCAGAGAUGUGUUUAAGAGACUAGGUUUUCGAUAUACUGGUGACGAAGCUGUAAUCAGAAACAUGUACGACAUGUGCCGUUAUGAAAAAGCAUGGUAUUUGAAUGACCCAUCUCCCUGGUGCUCAGUCUUCAACAGGAAACAGCUAGAAUUGCUGGAAUACGCUGAAGAUCUUCAAGACUACUAUUACAGUGGUUAUGGUAACCCAGCAAAUGCUAAAGUGGGUUGUCUCCUUGUUAAAGAUAUGUUUGAGAUGAUGAAGAAAGUUGUAAAUGGUGAACCGGCUGAUGCGUACAAGGUUUCUCAUUACUUCACCCAUUCAACACAAUUCUUAAGAUUCCUUACAGCUAUGGGAAUAGCCAAGGACCAUACUCCAUUGACUGCAGAUAACUACUACCAGCAGAAGAGUAGGCAGUGGAAACUUUCUCAAAUUGACCCUUUUGGUGCUAAUCUUGUGGCUGUUCUUUACCAUUGUCAACGAGAAAACAAGAACAAAGUUAUGUUUUUGCUGAACGAAGUGCCAGUAAAUUUCCCAGAAUGUUCCGUAGGACUUUGCGACUGGAACACUGUAGAACAGAAGUACAGAUCGGUUGCAGAAAAUUGCAAUUCAGAUUACUGUGAGCAUGGUGCUGCUGUCAAUUUGUCCGCCGCUGUACCACUGAUGAUAUUCACGAUGUCUUUCUUGUUAUUAUCGAGAAGAUUGUUCUAAAGUUAAUCCUGAGGUGUUACAGAACGGAAAAUUUGAUAAAAUAUAAAAAUAGGGUGGAUAUUAUCCGGACUGAUAGAAUCUCAACUUAGCAAUUUUGUGGUAUUGUGCCAUGCAGUAUUCUAUUUUUACUUAUUUUCAUCAUAAAGUUUUUAUUUCAUUUCGGUGCGAUUCUUUUUGUUAGUUUUCAUGUCGAAGUUUUUAUUUUCAUCCAAUUAAUAUCAUUGAAAUAAUUAAACUUAGCACUGACAAGAAAUUAUUUUAUUGUUUCGAUUUUUUAUAUUAUGAUGUUUUGAAUUUUAUUAUAAGAUUUUUGUGUUAUACACCCAAGGUAUUUUCUUUGUGUAAGAAUCACCUUGUACGUUCCCUUGAUCAUACAAACGAAAAAAUUUAUCUUUGUGUACAAAUGAAAUUUUUAGACAUGUGUUAAUAAUAAAGUAGCAUUUAUGAUUGUUUA